AUGUUUUCUAGAAUUUUUAAGUAAAAUUACAUGACUAAGUUGGCCUUAUUCUCAACAGCCUCCUUCAUAUAUUGGGGAAGCAGAAAGAAUCAAAGUGAGGAGAUCUUUUAGAUGUUAAACAAAUAGACUUAGAAUUCUAUCAUUAAAUUCUUUAUCAAUGGAAGAAUUAUUGGAUAAGGAGCAGUUCUAAAAAAUGGGUUUGUAGUUACUAGUUCUGAAGUAUUCGAAAAUUAAUAACCAUAAAUCUCAGCAUAAAUCAAUGGCUAGCUUUAUAAUUAUGAAGUAUUAAAAGUGGAAGAAGGAAUUGCCAUUUUAAAAAUAUAAUAAUAGAAAUCUUAGUUUAAUCUCUCGAAAUAUGAAAUAGGAUAGAAUGCGUAUGUUUUAGGAACAGAUGAAUAAGGGUUAAAGGAGUUUCAUUAGUGUCCAAUUACUGAUAGCAAUUUCACAUUAGAUAUUAAAUUAGUAGGUGAGGAAGCUUUGAAUUAAACAUUUCCUUUUAUUUUGAUGAAUGGAUGCAAUUCCAGUCCAGGAAGUAAGAGAUGAAUUUGAUUAAUGUGUAGGUCCUGUUUUAAAUAAGAAUGGAGAAUUGUUGGGUAUUAUAAGUGGAAAAUUUAGAAACAAAACUUAAGUGGUGCCAUCAUCCUUCUUUUAAGGAUUAGAAAAUAGUAAAAGUGUCAAUAAACCUUAUUUGGGAUUGACUUUGAAGACUUCUGAUCAAGGAGGGGCUUUUAUCAUAAAAAUAAAUUCUGAUAGUCCCGCAGAGAAGGCGGGCUUGAAAUUAGGAGAGAUAAUAAAAUCUAUUGAUGGAGUGACUAUUUAGCAUGGGAAGGAUGUGACAAAAUUAUUGGGAGUAACUGAAAAUGCAGAUAGUCAUGUAAUGGUGGUUUUGAGAAAUGGAAAGGAGAGAACCGUGUAUGUUAAUCUGAAAUGA